AUGAAGAUAGAUCCCAGGCCAUCGAAAGUUGUGCUUCUACUCACACUGUGGUCGUUGUGGCUAUGCACUUAUUGUCACGCUCAGUUGUCACCUCAGCCCAGGUUUUUAUGGUCACUUAACCUGGAUGAUACAAACCAAUCCCACUCCUUGAAGAAAGGAAAUGGUGUCGUUGCCUCGCAAGAUGGUGUUCACAUUGUUGCCACGACUUCCAAUGGAAGUCUGCACAUUGUCAGGCGGAGUAAUCUCUGUCUUCUGGAGACCACAAUCUUUCGACCGCCGAUAGCAACUGGCAGCAUUUUCCAAUGCUCUUCCAAACCAGUGUUGGUGCACGAUGGCACCUCUAAUGCAUACGUCGUCUAUUCAGUGGUAAAAGGAAACGAAAGUGCAGUAUUUGGGGUCAAUUUCGACGGAAGUCUCAAGUGGCAAGUUAUAGUUGAUGGUCAAAUCAUAGGAACUCCAGCGGUUUCCAACAAAGCUAUUUAUAUUUCACACAAUGUUGAUUCCACAACUGGAUACCUCUCCGUGUUGCUCUUUGAUAGCGAACAAAAUGAUGAUCGUGCGGGUGUUCCAGUGUUGACAGCUACCCUCGCUCCCACCCAAGGCAAUGCUCCUUUGGGUCCCCCAUCAUUGGAUCUUGAAAGUGGACAUGAUAUUGUGGCAGUCGCCGAAUGGUGGGACCAAGGAUACGGAUCAAAAGGAAAUCUGUACUUGUUGGUAUACUCCGAAGAGUAUAAUCGAUUCAGUGGAAGAGGAAACGAAUCAUAUACGAUGCAGCACAUCAGUUCCUGGCCUUUCAGUGCUUCGGCCAGACCACUGGUGGUCGACUCAUCGAUAUGGCUGGGAGCCUCGGGAGCCAAUAUUGGAGGAUGGCAGCAAAAGGACAUUUCCAAAGUCUUGACAGGAGAGCGAGAAAAUGUCAACCCCAAAUGGGACUUGCAGCUCGAUACAAAGACAAGUGACGCUGCCUUGUUGACUACUCCCGUCAUUUCGGACGAUGAAUCCAUGUUGGUGUUGGCAGGGACGAAUGGGGAAUUAUACGGUCUUCAAUCGAAAGGCGGUAAACAACAAUGGGCCAAUAUGAAUGGUGCAAGCGCCAUUCUGGCUCAGCCCGUCAUAGUUGAAGAUGCGGUGUAUGUCAUUGAAAGCAAAAAUGUCGAAGCAGACUUUGCAAUUUCGCCAAAUGGAGCAUUGCUAUACUAUGGAGAUAUUUCUGGGAAUAUUGUUGCGUUGCAGAUUGGCACAGCUGACACAGUCGCACCUACCAUGGUACCUACAACAUUGCCACCCACCCGAAAUCCUUCAUCCACUGUCGCCCCAACCACAACAGCACAGGUAUCGCCAACAGAUGACACGAAACAAAACGGUCAAGAUAAUAAUAGAUUGGACACCAGCGAAGAUAAUGUCUUUAAUUUGGCUGGAAAUAUGAUUGGAGGCGACGAUUCCGAUUCCACUAUUCUUAUGACCGCGUCUGUUGUUGGAGCGUGCGUUGUUGUGGUGGCUACAAUUGCCUGUUUUGUUCUUUGCAGAAAACGUCGCAAUCGGAAGAAGGAUUCUGGCCACAAGAACGACAGCAUCGAUUUUGGAUCCCAAAAGUUGAAGUACGCGCAAUCUUCCAAUCGAGAGCUGGAGUAUGGGACUCCGGACAAAACGACUCCUGUCGCACCUCCGAAGACAAAUACACCCGACACCGAGACAGAUGAUGACACCCUGACCAACAAAGAUGGCAUGCAAAGCGAUGCUUCUCACACGUCCGAGGAAUCGUAUUUGCCGAUUCCACCGCCUCCCACUGCACCAAUUCCAAAGCAAGUUGAAACCGUGACAAUCUCAAUGCUAGAUAUGGAAGAAAAUAAAUAUGACGAGGCUACAAAAGCUGACAGUCUUUCCUAUGCCAACAUGUAUGCAGAUAAUUCUGUUGACGACCUACAACUCCAAAGUCAACCCCCCGUUUCACCAACAUCCACAGUGUCGGAGUCAUCGGUCUAUACAGGGCAGAAAUCUCACUCCGGUUCGCCUGCAAACCCGUUAGCCAAUCUGAUGUUCACUUCACCGAGCAAUGCGCCCGCCCUUUCUGAUGUAUUUUCCACUAGUGUGGCACAAAAUGUCGUACGUGGUGAUGAGGAAGCCGCGGAGAGUAGCCAAGAGCGAUUCAUUUUGUCUCAAUUGACAAAGCCCGCAUACAAUCCGAAACAUGACUCGGGAAACGAGGACAAACCUUUCCCCGAUGAUGAACGCAUGCAUGCUGGACCUGGCAAUCAAUACAUGUUAAAAGCUUCUAGGGACAAAAAUCUCUACAGCACAGUAGCUAUAUGUCAAGACAAUUCCAUCGACGACGAUGGUGCUAAGUUCAGAACCCCUCGGCGAGUGGUUUCAAGCCUUUGCAUUGGAAAAGAGGUACCAAAUCCGAAAGAGCAAAAUUUGGAGAAGUGGAGCAGCUUCAUGAGUGAGCUAGAAGAGGCUGAAAAAAUGUUUUCAGAGCCAAAUCUAAAAUCCUCAAGGAUGCUCUAG